AUGCAAACAGCAAUUCAUAAGAAAUUAUAUGAUUUACGAGCGAAACCAAUUCAAACUUUUUGUAAUAUACCUAAAUUGGGAAAACAUGAACAUACAAAAACAUUUAAAAUAAUUGGUAAUAAUGAAAGUCAAUUUUUGCUUGAUGACAAACCAGCAUUUCAUUUUGAACAUAUAUGGGGUGAAGGAACAACAGGUGAAAUUUAUGAUCGAUUUUCUCGACCGGCUAUUGCAGAUCUUGUAAGAGGACGAAGCACACUUCUUUUUGUUAUUGGUCGAAAUAAAAAAUCUCGCAAUGAUAUUCUAUUUGGUGAAACAAAAGAUACGGGCCUUAUUUCUUUAACCAUAAACGCACUUUACAAUAGUAUUGGUGAACAUCGUGCACUUAAAUAUUAUUUUAGACCGAUGGGCAAUAAUAUUUACAAAGUUCAAUCAGAUGCUCAAGCAAUGUUUGAUCGACAUCAACGUGAUCUCUUACCGAAAGUGAGCAGAAAUAUUAUCGGUAAUAUGACACAUACAAGUAUGUUAGAAAAAUCAAUUCUUGAUCAAACAUCGAAUGUAUCUGGUAUUGAUGAUGAUCAUGUUUAUACGAUAUUUGUUUCCGCUAUGGAAAUAAAUUCAAUUAAUACAAAUUCUAUAACAAGCGAUCUAUUGAAAAUGUUUACUGAAGGUAUUAAUAAUGAUCCAUUUGAAAAUCCUCAAUCGUGUAUUGAAAUGGAAUUCGAUGAUGCACGUAAAGCACGACGAAAACUAUUUGAUACAACGAAAAUACCAAUGAAAGAAAAUUCCACACGUUUAUAUACAAUUCGUCUUGUACAAGCAAGAAAAUCCGAUCAAACAGAAAAUAUUUCACCAAUAGUUAGUCAAUUGACAUUUAUUGAUUUACCUACAAAUAAAAAUGCAGCAGAUUUAAAAGCCGUAAAAGAUUUUAUUGUUCCACCGAAAAAACGAUCUGCAGAUUUUUCGAAUCAUUUACAAGAUUUUCUACUUAAAUUUCCUAUUCAAGAUCAUCAUCAACAAUUUAUACCUAUUAAACUGUUGCUAUGUGCAUCAGCCAGUAGUAAUGAUGCAGAAGAUACUUUACAUGACAUCAAAUGGUUAAUGAGUCUUCAAGCGAAUCAAUAUCUUGUUUAUUUGGGUCGCGAAGAAGAGAAUCAUGUUACGCGUGAUGAAGAUGAUGAUCAUCAUCAUCAGCGACCUCCACGUCCACCAUCAUUGCAUUAUUCGACAUCAAUAAAUCGUUCCGAGCAUCAUAGUUUAGCACAACAUGUUCCUAAUUCAACUCCGCUUGCUCAAUCAACACCGCGAUCAGUAACGCAAUUACCAUCGUCAACAACCACAAUGAUAUCUGUUCAUACUGAACGUUCACGUCAAUCACAAUAUCAAACAAUUACCAAUACACCAAAUCGAUCGUUUAACUAUAUGACAAAUACAUCUCAGUUGGCACCUCCGGCACGACCGUUAUCAUCUUCUCGACUUGUUAUGUCAAAUCGGUCAGAAGAAACUCCUUCGUGUGCCACCUAUCCGUUAACGCCUAGUACUGGUAUAUCUCAUUUGAAUGAAAAAGUACCACCUCGUUUACCACCGCGAAUUCAACGUACACCUAAUAAACAUUUACAAACUGUCGAACAAGAAGUACCUACUGCAUCAACACAACUAAAAGCGAAUUCAAUUAUUCACAAUCGACGGCCACCGCCACCAUUGCCGCUUCCGGUAGUACCGCCAGUGUAUAAUACCGAAUCUAAUAAAUCAAAUAAGAUGCGUUUAUCAAGAAAACUUUCAAGAUCAAAUUCAAUUGUUGAUGUACAACAACGAGCUUCUUCUGUUGUUGGCUCUCGUAUUUUGCCGACUACAGCAUCAUCGACAACAAAGCGUGUAACGCUAAAAGAAGAACAUUUACUUAAACGUUCAUCAUCUGCCGAUCGUGUUGGUCGUGAACGGUGGUUACAUCAUAUAACUGAAUCAGUGACUAUUAAUAACGCAAUCAAACUGCGGGCAUCAUUACCAAACCCAUUACAGCUUGUUACAAGUCAUUUUAAUGCCAUGUCAAAAUUAUUAAGUGCAACCAAAUAUGCGAUCGAACAUAGAGCUGAAGAUGGUGUUCAAUUAUUUCAAGGUGAUGUUAUGGCGACAAGUAAAGGUGGUGUGAAAGUUGUUUUUACUUCAGUUGACCAAGUAACACAUAAUAGUUUACUCCCAACAACAUGUGAAAGUUCUGUUUUGGGAAGAUGUUAG